ACUAACUUCUAUACGUUCUUUGUAGGCUAAAAAUCAUUCAUCUAAAAAUGAUAUAAUAGUUUGAUCAUUUAUAUUUUAUCUUAAGUAUUGUCUGAAAUAUUAUAGCCUUACAACAAAAAUAUGGAGAUUCACAAAGAAGAUUUUUUAACAAAUAUUCUAAUUUAUUGUAUUUAUACCUAGGUAGGUUCACUGUUCCGAAAUAUACAAUAAAAUAUUAUAUUCAUUUUGGUGAACAAGAAUAUAGCUAAUUUUACCAAAUCAAAUAUGACGCUGGUAAUAAAAUGGGUGUUUAUUUUGGCGGUCGUCACAGUUGUAACAGUCAUAACAAUCAUGGUGAAUUAUAGAACAGCGGGUAUAAUGGCAGCAAAACCGUGGGAAUCUACACAUCGCUUAUCCCCAUACAUUCGUCCACAACAGUAUUUCAUUAAUAUGUACCCAAAUCUUGAACAAGGAUCAUUUGUUGGUUCUGUUAAUAUAACAAUCAUAUUGGACACUGCUCAGAGUUAUAUUAAACUACACUCAAAAGGAUUGAAUAUCAAAGAAACUAAACUCAAUUCCAGUGCUGUAACAGCGUUCUCAUAUCCAGAACAUGAAUUUUGGGUUGUUGUACCUAAUGAAGAACUAAGUGCUGGGGGAUACAAAUUACAAAUAACAUUUGAGGGUAGCUUAUUAGGCAAAAGGGUUGGAUUUUAUCGACGCGUUUAUACAGAUUCAAGGAGCCUUGAGAAACAUUACAUUGCUACUUCUACAUUUGAACCAACUUAUGCGCGGUUGGCGUUUCCAUGUUUUGAUGAGCCUCAGCUGAAAUCAAAAUUUAAAAUAAGUUUAACUCGACCAUCUAGUAACAACUACAUUGCAUUAUCCAAUAUGAAUCAAGAGUCUGAAGAGAUUAAUGUUCCUGCGAAUGGAUUGACUACAGUCCAUUUUGCYAACACUGUUCCAAUGUCUACUUACCUAGCAUGUUUCAUUGUAUGUGAUUUUCAAUCACUUGAAUCUGUAAAAGCGGAUCAAGGGUUUCCGUUAACGGUUUAUGCCAAAAGUGGUCAAACAGAAAAUAUGAAAUAUGCUCAACAUGUAGGUCUCAAGGCAAUUAAUUAUUUCGUCAAUUAUUUUGGUAUUCAAUACCCAUUACCAAAAUUAGAUUUGAUACCAAUCCCUGAUUUUAUUUUUGGAGGAAUGGAAAAUUGGGGUCUAGUUACUUUUCAUGAAACGAGAGUUUUGUAUAAUAAAAGUGUUACAUCUAUUGAUGACCAAGAGAUGAUUGCUUUAACUGUUGCUCAUGAAUUGGCUCAUAUGUGGUUUGGAAAUCUCGUUACUAUGAAAUGGUGGAAUGAUUUAUGGCUUAAUGAAGGGUUUGCCACAUUCAUGAAAUUUAAAGCUUCGCAAGUUGUCCACCCUGAAUGGGAUGUUGACACAUUGUUUCUUAUUCAUUGUCUCCAAUUGGUACAAUAUCCAGAUAGUGAACUUGGAUCUCAUGCCAUAAUACAAGAUAUUUCUAAUCCAGAUCAAAUAACUAAAAUGUUUGAUAUCAUAUCAUAUCGAAAAGGUCCUUCUGUUAUACGAAUGUUAGAAGGAAUGUUGGGUGAAGAAGUUUUCAGAGUUGGUGUGAGCGCAUAUUUAAAACGUUUUGCAUUUAACAAUGCUGAAACUGAUGAUUUAUGGGCAGAAUUACAAAAUGCUGCUCAAGAUACAGUCGAUGUUAAAAAGCUCAUGGAUACAUGGACAAGGCAAGCAGGGUUCCCAGUAGUAUCGGCUAUACGGAAUGGAACUAAACUUACUUUAAAGCAGCAAAAAUUUUUGUCCUACCCAAAUUCUGAUUCUUCGUCCGAAUCAUCACCAUAUAAUUACAAAUGGGAAAUUCCUGUCACUUAUACCACUUCAAACAACAAUACUGUACAUAGGUUUUGGUUAAGCAAAGACGAGGAUUCAAUUACAAUUGACAUACCCGAUGCUGAGUGGAUAAAACUUAAUCAUAGACAAAUUGGAUAUUACAUGAUAAACUAUUCAGAGAGUGAUUGGGGUUUACUUAACAAUUUAUUAGAAAAAAAUGUUGAUGCAUUAAGUGCGGCUGACCGUUCAAAUCUUAUUCAUGAUGCCUUUAGUUUGGCCAAAGCUAACUACUUACCAUAUGGCAUUGCGUUAAACAUGACAAAGUAUUUAUCUUCAGAACAUCAUUUCGUUCCUUGGGAUGUAGCUGCUAAAAACUUAAAUAUAUUAAGCGGACAUUUAUAUCAACGCCCGGCUCAAAAAAACCUUGAAAAAUAUGUACAAUAUUUGUUGGGAAAUAUGAAAGAAGAUUUUUGGAAUGAUUCAAGUGAUAGAAACUUCUUACAACGUAAGUUUCGAGCAGUAAUAUUCAAAUUAGGAUGUUUAUAUGGUUUGCAAAGCUAUCGAACAAAAGCAUAUGAAUUGUUCAAACUAUUUUUGAAUGAUAAAGUUCAACCACAUGCAGAUAUUAAAGAUACAGUUUACGACUAUGGAGUGUCUCAGUUAAAUGAUAGUGAAUGGAAUAAAUUAUGGGACUUAUUUUUAAAUGAACAAGAACCUCAGGAAAAAGAGAACCUAAUGCUUGCAUUGUCUUUUUCAAGAGAAACGUCAAAAUUAACUAGAUUAUUGCAAUAUACAAAAAAUGAGAGCCAAGUCCGUUCCCAAGAUUAUUUAGAAAUCUUAUCACAGAUAAAUCGUAAUUCUUUUGGAACUCAAUUCGUAUGGAACUAUUUGAGGGAUAAUUGGAAGGACUUGGUGGAUCGUUUUUCUCUUGAUAAUUGGCAACUUAGAAAUCUCAUUCCUUCAGUUUGUGUUCGUUUCAAUACACAUGAUCAUAUUGGAGAAAUGAACAUAUUUUUUGAUAAACAUCCAGAAGCUGUAGCGAAAAACGAUAAACGAAAAACUGCACUAGACGUUGUAUCAAAUAACAUAAAAUGGUUAGAAAAUCACGAAGCUGUUAUAAAUAAUUGGUUGAUACAUUCCAUAUAAUUUUAAAAAUACACCUAGUUGAAAAUAUAAAUUUUUUA